CCUUCCUUUCUCUUGAAAUAAGCACCAGUCACUCCACUACUCCCUCUCUUUCCCUUUUUUUCUCCUCUUUCAACACACACUUACACAACUUCCAUGGCUUUUCCAGCAAUUUCUUCAGUGACCCUUCUCUUCUUCUUGCUCAAUUUGUGCCUCCGGGGCAGUUAUGGUGACUAUGGAGGUUGGCAAAGUGGGCAUGCCACAUUCUAUGGUGGGGGGGAUGCUUCUGGCACAAUGGGGGGUGCUUGCGGUUAUGGCAACUUGUACAGCCAGGGUUAUGGGACUAACACUGCAGCUUUAAGCACUGCUUUGUUCAACAAUGGCCUCAGCUGCGGCUCAUGCUAUGAAAUGAAAUGUGACAAUGAUCCUAAAUGGUGUCUCCCUGGAUCCAUAAUCGUCACUGCAACUAACUUCUGUCCCCCCAACUUGGCCUUGUCUAACGACAAUGGAGGCUGGUGCAAUCCUCCCCUCCAACACUUUGACAUGUCUGAGCCUGCCUUCUUACAAAUUGCUCAAUACAAAGCUGGAAUUGUCCCGGUUUCAUUCAGAAGAGUCCCCUGCAUGAAGAAAGGAGGAAUUCGGUUCACCAUAAAUGGACACUCGUACUUCAACUUGGUGCUGAUAACAAAUGUUGGAGAAGCCGGAGAUGUGAAUGCAGUUUCAAUAAAAGGGUCAAAAGCAGGAUGGCAACCAAUGUCAAGAAAUUGGGGCCAAAACUGGCAGAGCAACAACAACAUGAAUGGCCAAAGUCUGUCAUUCCAGGUCACCACAAGCGAUGGAAGGACUGUGACAAGCUACAAUGUGGCUCCUAGUAACUGGCAAUUUGGGCAGACAUUUGAGGGUGGGCAGUUUUAGAUUAGGAUGAACAGAAGUCUGUUGCUGAGGUGGUUAUUAUUGGCACCCGCUAGGGCUAUAUUAUGAGAUUCCAUUAUUUGUUUGUCUCAAAACAAUUUCAAAGUUAAUAGCUAAAUCUAUGAAUUGUGGAUGUAUUUAUAUAAGAAAAACGCUACUCAUGAAUUUAAGACCAAAAUAUUAUUUGUUCA